AUGUCAAAGAAGAGAGAUGCCAAGGAGGUUGUAGAUGCCCUGGAUCAAAGAGAACAACAACAAAAGAAGAUGAAAGUUACAAGGAGACAGCAACAGCCAUCUGAAGAUGAUGAUGAGGAUGAGGACGAGGAAGAGGUCGAAGAUAAUAAGAAACGUGAAAACAGAGCAACUACAACGUCAGAGUGGAUUAAGAAGAAUCCAGUGAGGGGCGCCAAGCAAGUGGAGGAGGAAGAUGAUGAAGAGGAUGAUGAGGAGGAACAUGUUCAGAGGUACACGAAUCGAGUUCCCAGAACUAUAACGACGCCAACUAAACAAAUUGGCAAGAAUAAGGUGACAAAGAAGAUGACGGAGGAUGAAGAUGAAGAUGAGGAGGAUGAGAACAACAACAAUAACAAUAACAACAACACAAAGUCCUCGUCCGUGAAUCAUUUGGCUGCUACUGGAAAAAAGACACCAACAAAGAAAUCAACCUCGACAACAACGACAACAACAUCCUCUACCCCUGCCAAGAAGACAACAUCAUCACCAGCCAAACCGAAAGAAGUGGAGACAACUAAGCAGAUGAUAUCCAAAGUGAGGGAGUCAACAUUGGACCAGAUUCAUCAAAAGAAGCAGCCCACCACGCCAACCAAGCCAUCUAAGCCAGCGGCAAAAGCCAAGCAAUCAGAGGCAGCCAAGAAGAAGAAGAGUGUACAAAAGAAAAAGGCAAAGGAUGAAUCUGAAGAAGACGAAUAUGAAUCCGAUGAAGACGAGGAGGAGGAUGACGAUGAGGAGGAGGGCGGUGGCAAGGUUGAUGGAAAGGUUUAUGAAGUCAACCAGAUUUUGGCCACGAGGAAGUAUAAGGGCAGAGUUCAAUUCCUCAUCCUCUGGAAAGGAUAUGCAGAGACCGAAUGCACAUGGGAGUUUGAAGAGAACUGCUUCUGUCCAGAAAAGAUCAAGGCAUUCAAGAAGCAAAUGCAGGAGAUGCUGGAAUAG